GACACAUGUCUGUCUACCGACCGCAGCCGGUGGCUGAAGUUUCUUUCCUCUCUCUCAGUUAAGUCACGAGAAAGCUGGCUGUCUACCGAGAACAUUUCUAUAACAGCCUUCUGUAGAUGUAAAUUAAUGUUGGGGAACGUUGCUAGGCCCUUACGUGAAACAUUAUUGUUGUGUAGUGUCUGCCACGAUAUUGGCUUUUCGGUGUUUGUGUACUAAGUGAAGUGAACAAAUUAUUGUUUUGUAAAGUUGGUAUUGUUUUUCAGUGAUUUAAAACUUCUUUGUUUGUUGUGGGCCAGUUUUUUGCUGACCUGGUCACAGAAGAGCUUCAGAAACCAGAGGUAUGUGAUGAUCUCAUAGCAUUGAGCUGUUGCUGAAUUUGGCGUAAGAUAGAAUGGUUCUAGUGCUGAGCGGCGUGCUGCAGGAGGAGGCGCCGCCCGACACGCGGACCUUGUUCCACAAUCAUCCAGUCUAUAAGGACUCAGCAUCACAGCUACUUGCUAUCCCUACAAAGGUAGUGGGCCCUGUUGGCCUCCUCUAUGUUCAGCAGAGGGAAUUGGCAGUCACUGUACCUCAUGACAAAAAUGUGAAUAUUCUCGGGUCAGAUGACGCGACAACAUGCAUCAUUGUUGUUCUUCGUCAUUCAGGAUCAGGAGCUGUGGCACUGGCACAUUUGGAUGGUGCUGGGACGGAUGAGGGUGUCAUGAACAUGGUUCAUAGAGUCCAGGAAUUAGCCUUAGGUUAUCCUGAAGGGCGUCUGGAGUUGCAGCUCAUUGGUGGCUACUCUGAUAGCCGUAACUAUUCGGAAGAGCUGUUUUACAAUAUAAUGCAUUCUUUCCACAAGCAGUUAGUGGAGAUUGAUUUGACACUUGCCUGUGUGGGAGAACUGAACACUACAAUUCGAGGAGGUAUCCACUGGCCAAUACUUUAUGGAGUUGGUGUGAAUGUUAAGACUGGAGAGCUGUUUCCAGCGACGUUCCCAGAUAAGGGCCCUGAUCAGGCGCUGCGGAGUGCACGACACCUUACAGGUGGACAACAGGUGCUGGAUGUGUAUGAUUGUCAGCUGGGAUUGUUACGAAUUGGUCCAUUUAACUAUGACCCGUUGCGGGGUGUUGACCUCUGGCUUGAGCAGACCGACGAGUUCAUUCUACAGCACCUGUCCACAUCUCCAGAAGUAGAGCCACCUCAUUUUGUCAUGCAGGUACGAGCAACGCUGAAGUAUAUCCAGGACCAUCCUUUCCCAGCUGUGACAGUGUUCCGAGAUAACCGACCACAUUACUACCGCAGGGAUGAAAACAGUGGGACAUGGGUCCCAAUACGAUACUGAGCCAUUAGUCUGUACGGUUCUGGAGGCUUCUCUCUGAAACCUUUUCGGAAGGUGAAAUGUGAGAAGAUGAAUGUAUGGGCAUUUCCCAGAAUUUGUUUUCAUAUCAAGUGAUAAAUUCAUGAACACAUACAUUUUGAUUGAAUCCAAUGUGCAUAUUGUUAGCAUGGUAUUUAGUAUCUUAAUGAACCUGAAAUGUGCAGUUGAAGUCUUGUCAGGCUGUGUGAAAGUUUGUGUUGCUAUCCAGUGUUUCAGAGACUGUCCCUACAUCAUAGGGAGUUGAUGUUAACAGCAACCCCCCGAUGAGGGCAAGGGAGGUUGGGGAGUGAGAGGCUCCGAAGCAUUGGAUACUAACUCCGUCUUCACACAGAUGAUUACAUGACAUGACUUCAUUGUAUACAAGUUGCUGUGGAAGCUUUCAGUCAUAUAAAUUCAAAUGUAUUUAAUUAUGAUUGUAUGUUUACAGUCAUGUAAAAGAAAGAUAUAGGUUUAAAAUUGAUUUCACAGUUAUAUGUUGCAAAUGGAAUGAAAUUUUAUUUGUACAGAAUGUGAUACAUGUGGUGAUUAUGAGUACAUAAAUGCUGUGUAUAAAAACAUGGUGCAUUAUGCAAGUAUAAUUUUAGCUCUUUUAUUGGGCUUGUUCUCAAGAAAUGUGAAAAGCGCCUACUAGCCUCGUCAUGUCUGUCUGCCUUCAUGGAACCUAAGCUCCCACUAGAUAGAUUUUUGGGAUGGUUUAUAUUGGGGAUCUUAAUAUUGUCUGUCAGUAUAAUUACAUCUUGUUUAAAGCCAUACAAAAAUAACAUUCACUUUAUAUGAAGACCCAUCCUUGUUCUUGAGGUAUCCAGUCAUGUCUCCUGCUCCAGUGACAGGAACUCACUGGGCUUCCCAUGUUCAUCCCAUUUUCAUUUUAUGCGGAUACAUCUGCACAUGCCUCACAUAUUACGUGACAUGAACCCGCAAUAUAUUGUUCUGCAUUGCAUCCAGCUUCUAUGUACACAAUAUUAAACAAACAUGGGUGCCAUUACUUAAUAUAUGUUGUAUAUAACAAGUGACUCUAUUUGUGUCAUGAUAUAGAAAUUUGCAUUGAUGGAGUGAAUUCCUGUUUUAGUACAGCAUUAUAGAGAGAGAAGGUUAUUUCAAUCGCUCUUGCAGCUUUAGCAUGUUUGGAAUCCUAUGUAUCUUCCUCUCUUACAAUUUGAGUGUUGAAGCAAAUGAAUGUUGUGAUAUUAAAAAUAUUAAUAGCCAGUUGAUAAGAAACCUGAGUGUUCAAUCAUUCUCCAUGUUGUUGGUUGCUAACAAGAACAACUUAAAAUGUUACGGUUACUAAUGCCACACUUUGACUAUUAAGUAAUUAGUGUGUUGGUAUGUUUGUUGGGUGAGCUUUGUUAUCCAGCAUACUUAAGUUAGUUGGAUUAGGUCAUCUCAAGUUGUUCUCACUCUUAUUGGCCAGAGGUCUCUGCAGUCAUGUUACUGCAGUGGCAUCUAAGAGCAGAGUAGGGAACUAAUUAUCAUUAGUGAAAGGUUCCUCUACAUGCUGUAAAUGUACGGCAAGUACAUUUGAUACCCCUGGCUGUACUUCCCUUCUAAAGGACUUUGCUGUAGAUUUUAAAUACCUUCAAAAUCCGUUGACUGUGGUCAGAUUUGAACCGAUAAACUUGGGUCCAUUGGUGAGCACAUUACCACUAGACUAGGCAGACCUACAUUGUCAUACUGUCUCUCUUUAAAAAGCAUGGAGCUUCUUGUUAUGUCAGAAUGACACAGCUACACCAAUCAAAAUGUAAGUGUUCGUGAGUGCUGUAGUACAAGUGAACACCAUUUCUGUUUCUUUUACUCGUAAGCAGCACAGGGCGGGAGGCAGCGUAAGUUAACAGUGAUGACAAUCCGUUUUGCCUGAUAUAUUUGUGAUUUACUUACGUGCCAAUGAGCGAGGACUGAAAUGUUGACUGUUAUAUGCAACCAGACAUAUAACAGGCAUGUAUCAAGUUAAUGACGGAAAAAAUUAGGAUGAGCAGUGCAAGUUUGUUGUGUUUUGAUUUCAUAUCUAAAAUGUCUUGUGUAAGAAAUUAUGUGAUCACUUGUUACGCAAUCAAUAUUACAUAUUAUUAAUGUUAACGAUCAGUUAGUAUGAGAGGCAGAAGCACAUUUGUGAUUGUGUCUGUAUUCUGUAAGGUUACUGGAACCUUAAUUGAAUCAGAGUAUUUGUCUCAUGGGCCAUUGAAUGUGUGGCUCACUCUUUGACCUCGAAGAUGGAGAUGCAUGUUCCUUCAAAACAUUGGGCACUCACCCAACUGCACAGCAUUAUGAACCAGAAGAAUGUGCUCUUCAUACUCACCUCUGUGAGAUCCUUAAAUUUUCUUACAGUAAACCCUACAGUGAUAUAUUUUUUUUAUUUAUUUUCAUCAGCACUACUGUUAGUUCCUCGGAAUUCUAGCUGUGGUAGAGGGGUUAUAACAUCUCUUGUGGAGCUGGGAGAGCAGUCUUAUCAGCUUAUGUCAGCGUGGGUACUACCAGUUUGGAAUGUAGCGUCUUGGAGUGUGGUCAGGUGUAUAAUACGUUAUGUUGCUUGUUAGUUGGUACCAGUCAUAGUGAUUGUAUUAUGUGGUGUUCAUGUAACUAUAGUGGCACACAACCUCACUAUCAAUUGUGCAGUAUCCCUGGUCUCCGUAGGCAAUGUUUUCCGCUCGGGGAGUAGCUCUGAACGUCACCACAGCAAGCGUACAGCUUCGCGUGCUCCGCAACAGCAUUUACCUUUCCGCAUGGCUAAAGUUACGAGGCACUAACUAUACUUAUAUCAUUAAAUUUUUGAUUUAUUUGUGUUAUAUUUUUUCUUUUAGAUCUAUUCUUUGCUUCACUAAUCUGAAUUAUCACUUAAUCCAGAUAACGCAAGAUUAGUGAGGGUUUACUCUGUUUUAAAGCUUUUCAUGUUCAUUUUUCUGUUUUAAGUUAGGAGAAAUCAGGAUGACAAAAAGACUGAACUUUUGCAUAUUUUGAAGUAUCCGUUCAGCAUGCUAAUGUAAUGUCUUCCAACAGAGCACAGAUACCAUGACAUACUGAGGACAGUAACUUAUACUUUGAUACCAUUUGAAGUCUGCUAGGGUUACUGGAUCUAACACAGUAGAACCAGCACUGUGUGUAAGGCAAUGUGGUUAUACUGAACUUCUAGUACAUCUCACUGAUGUGUAAAUUUUUACUGUCCUGUGAGGUUUCAAUACAUUUUAUGAACAGAGAACCCAAAACAAAAUUUAUCCACUAUUUGUGAAUCUUAAAAGUCAAGAUAUAUCCAUUGCUCCUCAAAUAAGAUGGAAUUUAGCCAUAUUCAUUUGUAAAUGUGAUACUGUUUUAUAUCAUCAUGGAACAUACAAAAAAGAUUUCUCUAUUGCUGAAUGAGAAUUUGAAUUUGUUAAAAGAGAAUUUCUUCAAUUCAGUGUUGUAUAAAUUUCGGAGAUUUUCCUUAUUGUUGCCAUUAUCUGUUGUAAUAUGUUUCAGUUUUUAUGUUUUCUGAUUCUGUAACCAUGGCCAAAGGGCACUCCCACCCUUUGCCAGGUAAGCGAAGAAUGUAAAAGAAAUAUUAGAUUUGGAGAUGUUACUUCUGUUUUCAAAGUCCUUCUAAUUUGCCUGACAGGUAUAUUUGUGGCCAAAUGGAGUGCUGGGAAAAGUCAGUGUAUCAUGCUCAUUGGUAGAUAUUUUUUCUGCCUCUGAUUUAGAUCCUUUAGUACGCAUCAGUGAUACAAAUGAACCUGAACACUGGAGUAGCCGAAUUGUGUUCUUGUGGAG